AUGACGGGAUCACGCAAUAGAGAUGAUUUCUUUGCAGAUUACCAAGGCAGCCACACUAGCAACUAUAGAGGCAAUCAUAGAGAAUAUUUCGAGGAGGUUUCUAGCAGCGAGAACGCAUUCGACUGUCAGGAUGGCACACAAGUCGCUUUGUUUAACAUUCCCAAAAUGCACGGUGAAGGGGAUAUUGAGAGACUCCUCAACAAUAUUUGCAACGAAGUGGAUGGAACUCUCCUUUCUCUCAGAAUCAAGCCAGACCGAAAAAGCAGUAACUCGAACUUCGCGUAUGCAACGUUUAAUUCGCCCGAAGUUGCAGCUAGAGUGGAGAAGAUGAUAAACUCCAAUAGAGGACCUUACAGACAUUUCAAUAACGAAUCAAGACCGAUGUUCCUUGGAGGCCCAGGUCCAGGAGGCAGGGAUUAUGGCGGAAUAAGCGCAAAAGUCCACAUUCCGAAAAGCGCAAGAGUAGCGUAUCGCAGGACAAACUUUUUCGACGGUGCGAAUCAGAAUGACUACCAGAACCCACGAUACAAUGGCUUCCAAAACAGAUGCCAUCAUACAGAUACACAAAGUUCUAUGCAUCCAAACGCGAAGGGAGGCUUUACAGCAGAAAUCAUACCAGAAUCUGUUUCUCUACCGUUCUUCACCGUGGUUAAAAACAGCUUCCACCAAAGUGACUUCAAAUUAGAAUCGCUGACUCAACUUCAACUUACUCCACAGAUGCGCAACUCGACCUGUAUAUACUUGCUAGAGUCGGAAAAGGAUGAAAAAGUCAUCCCUCAAUUGGCAACGAUCAGAGUGCCAAAUGAGAGUCCCUUUGGAUACUCUGAAAUCGAGCUUAUUACUGGCGAAAUUAGAAAAGUUUUCAACAAGAAGCUGUACAGAGCACCAGGCAAUAGUGAAAUCGUGAAGUGUAAAAUCUACGAGCCAGAAAAGUUCAACAGUGAAAGCGACCAAAAUUUAUGUAGAUCGAUCUUCAAUAUGUACCUCGACGAGAAGAACCAAAACCUGAAUGGCUACUCCUGCUUCAUCAUCCCUUUUGAUUCCGGCGAACCCCAAAUGGUCCAAUUAUACAAAAAGCAUCCAGAAAACAACAUGACUCAUUUCUCUAAAAUACUGGAGGAAUUGAACUUUCUUGAGAGCGACUCGCCAUCAAUUCGCUCACAAAAUGAGAGCUUCAAAUUCAAGUCACCUUCUAAGGUUCGUGAGUUCGUGCCUGGAGAAUCUGGCCACUCAGUCAGGCGAAACUAUCCAUCACAAUCGCCAAUGAACCUCCAGCGCGCCCCAUCAAUUCCCGGGGUGAUCUUCAAGCAACCAGCUAACGGUCCUCUCGUGCUUCAACGCAGCGCCUCAAGCCCUUCACCCUCUAAAAACUCUCCCUCGAAGCCUUCAACCGACCGAGAAGACUUAUCAGCUGUACCAAAAACCACCUCGUCGAGUAAUUCUUCAAAUUCCAGUAGCGAAGUCAGCAGCCUUAUUUUUGAGCUCGAAGAAGCGUCUAAAAUUGACACGCAAAAGAAUGAAACAGAACAGAAUAUAUCUCGCUCUACAGCUCCUUUCGAAUCUCAAAAGCAACAUGCAGCUGGCCAAAAACAAGAGAAAAGAGUACCAUCCCCAGCAUCAGACAACCUUAGCGUAACUUCUUCAAGUGUCAACUCAAAACUAUCGGAAAUAAGCCUCAAUGCUCCUGAAAUAGUGAAAGAUACCGAGCGUCAAGUCUUUGACGAAAAUCAAAGCGUUAUGUCAGGCAAUACACAACAUACGGCAGCCUCUGGGUGUAGUUCUAUCUCAUGUUCAAGUUCACCUACUAACAUUAUCUACAAUCUUCCUUGGCCGAACGACGAUUUGAUGACCGUGAAAAUAACUCGUUACGAUCCUUCGGGCUCGUUCAUUUGGGGUCAAGAUGUGGACUCUUCAGUUGAACUCUGGUCUUUAGAAAAGGCACUUUUGGAUAAAAUAGAUCAUAUUCGACCAAUCGGAACAGUCAAAGUUGGAUCAUUUGUGACGGCUAUUUACGAUGAAAAAGUUUACAGAGGAGUUUACUUAGGAGACGAAGAUAAGCUGCAUCGCGUUUAUUUCAUUGACUACGGACAUAUUCAACUUGUUGAUGUAAUCUCUCUCAAUCGGCCAAGAGAAUUUUGGGAGCUUCCGGCGCAGGGAAUUCCGUUUAUAAUCGGAGAUUACAUCCCAGGAGACGACGAAAGGAUUGACCAUGAUGCGAUGUUUCGUUUCCUUGAAACGUCUGAAGGGAAAACUUGCUGGAUCCAGAUACCCGAUGAGAACUUCUGUGCGCCAGAGUUUCCGCGGGCCGAUUCACUUGAAAUGCGCGUCUUGGCAAUUGCAUUUGGAGACAAGGAUAAAUCCGCGGAAUCACUUAAAACUCUUGAAUGUGUUCCUCGUGCAUAUAUCGACGUUCCAUACGAGCGAGUUCCAUGGACAGAAAGUUCAAAUUCUCCCUCUGAAACCGAGCCAUAA